ACCUCUCUGUUCCUCUUUCACACUGGAUGAAAUUGUUUUUCUUUUUCCCACAUUCAAAGACAAACAGUAACAGAAAAAAAAAAUACUGUAAAAUCAAGAAUCUGAAGAAACAAAACAAAUUAUCAGAAGAAGAAGAAGAAGAACAGAACGAAAGAAAGAAGAAAAGGAAAAGCUAUUGCUUCAUAUUUCUCCUUCCGUGUCUUCUACAAAUGGGUUUCCGUUACUUUCCUCUCUCUCUUCUCUUUAGUUUUCUCCAACUUUUGUUGAUUGUUAAUGGAAGAAAUCUAUCUGAGUCUUCUUCUACCCCGAUCAAUCAGGAUCUAUACCAUUCCAGUGAUGCUUUGGAGGAACAAAUCAGAGAUUUAGUGAGUCGUCACCCUAAUAAAUUGAGAAUAGAAACAAUUAAGACCCAGAAUCAGGGUUAUUUGGCAGAGAUAUCAGUAGUUACUUACAGCCACUCCAACACCGAAAUUGAUAACAAAUCGAAGUUCCGGAUACUUCUUAGUUUUGGACAGCAUGGAAGGGAACUUAUUACCACAGAACUUGCUUUACGCCUCUUGUCCAUCUUAAGUGAAGAGCAGCGGAUUCCAAACAGUGAUCCAGUUUUCUUAAACCAUACCCUGGAUAAUCUUGUGAUUAAGGUGGUACCUAUGGAGAAUUUGAACGGACGUAAACUUGUUGAAGCAGGGGAUCUUUGUGAGAGGAGAAAUGGAAGGGGAGUUGAUCUGAACCGAAAUUGGAGUGUAGACUGGGGUAAAAAGGAAAAGGACUACGAUCCAUAUGAAGAGAAUCCGGGAAGUGGUCCUUUUAGUGAGCCGGAGACCCAAAUUAUGCGAAAAAUCUCCCAAUCAUUUGAUCCACAUGUGUGGAUUAAUGUGCACUCUGGAAUGGAGGCUCUCUUCAUGCCGUACGAUCAUAGGAACACAACCCCACACGGAUUGGCAUCCCAUGCUAUGAGGUCACUACUCGAAAACUUGAAUGACCUUCACUGCCAGGGGCGAUGCUUAGUUGGAUCUGGCGGCGGCUCUGUGGGGUAUCUUGCACAUGGGACUGCGACAGAUUACAUGUAUGAAAUUGCCAAGGUGCCCAUGACGUUCACCUUUGAGAUCUAUGGAGACACAGAUGCCUCGUCGAAAGACUGCUUUAAAAUGUUCAAUCCCACUGAUACCAUAACCUUCAAUAGAGUUCUGAACGAUUGGUGUGGUGCAUUCUUCACGAUUUUCAAAACGGCCAAGUGGAGGUUGGAUGAAACUUACUCUAACGCCUCCACUGAGAAUGUGGGGAAAUUAGAAUCUAUAGAUGAAUAUUUAGGAGGGUAUUUGAUGGAGAGAAGCAGUAGAUAUGGCAAGAGGACAGAAGUCCUUGAGUUAGGAAUGCAAGAAAUAAGAACGUACUUUAGACUAUUUCUAUUAUCAUCAGUUCUGUUAAUGUUCAUGUUCUGUUCUAGAAUUUCCAAGAGCAAGUGUCCUUCUAUCCGACCACUUGUAUAAGCAGUGUCUCUUAGAGCUGUGGUACUGCUACCUUAUAAAUGUUGUCGAAGAUUUGUGUCAAGCUGAAGACAGCAGCAAUCAUCACAAAGAGAAGGGGUAUAGGUAGAGAAAGUAAGUGUAGUUUACCAGAUCACGGGCAUUCUUACUUUGCUGAUUGGACUGGGUCUUCCCUAUCAUUCUUCAUUGUGUUAACUAUACACCCAACUGUGUAUAAUGGAAAUUUCUUUUUGAUUCUUCACUCCUGCUUCAUAAACACCCACCUAUUUCAAGUGACAUGGGCAACUUCAGCGGUAGGAAAGAAAUACGUGUAGCUGGGAUGCGGGAUUGGUCAACAAGGGUUAUUUUUCCGGAAAUUACCGUGUGAAUGGAAGUAGGAUACAGCAAGAUAAUUUUUCUCGUCUUUUUUUUCUCCACCUUCUAGUGGAGUUUCUCACAGUUGAGGAUACUUCCCUUUGUUAGUUCAUGGCAAUGUCGCUCUCGCUCAAUGAUACUACCACAGAAUAAUCUAUCAUGUUUAACAUGUGUUCGUGCAUAAGAGGUAGGAACCCAACAAAAAGGCUCCCACUAUGCUAGAGUUUUUUUAUGAAAAUCUGCAAUGCCAGAGCUAUUAUAAGAAA